UUUAUAAAUAUGGAAAAAGAGAUGGAUAUUACUGAGACGAAUCAAGAGAAAGAGCAAAUCUCUGUGCAACCAAAGUUGUUUGAUUUUGACUCUACCAAGAAGAUCCUCUAUUACUUGAACGAAUCAAAAUAUUUAGAAGAGGAACCUAUUAAAAAGACUAAAGUAAGGACUGAGAAGAAAUUAUCCGCCAUGGAUAAGAUUGACUCCUUGCUUGAGAAAGCAAAGAAGGAUGAGAUGCUUGGCAAGAAAUUUAGGAUUGAAAAUGCAGAAGAAGAGAAACCUUAUUACCUUCUACCUGAAACUAUGAGGUUUUGAAGAGCCAUUAGUGAUGAAGAUAUCUCUCCCUCAGGGCUGACAGCCAAAUGAAUUAACAAGGGCACAGAAAAGUUUAGCCACUUUUACUCAAAUGUAACAUUAAAGAGAGGAGUCCAUUAUUGGGAAAUCAUCUGACCCUUGUCAUGUGGAGGUAUUGAGUUUGGAGUUAAGAACAAGGAAACAUGAGAGAAGAUAUGUGUUUCUUUUAGAACCACAACCCCAAGAGUCGUGGGAGUUAAGUUGGAUUUAGAGAAUAGAACUCUUAAUUUCUGGCUAAAUGGAAGACCCCAGCCAAAAAGAAACUGAAGUGUCCCUAAAGGUGAAUAUCUAAUGUUGGUGAAGAUGAAAAACUUAGGAAAUACAGUCAUUUUAAAUCCUUUCACUGGCUGUAAAGAUGACUCUUUCCCCAGCAAAUUACUUCUUUCAACUCAAGAAAGGAAUUAUCUAGUGAACUUAUACGAUCACAACAUCCCUGCAGAAGUAAAUUUGAAAAAUCUGGAAGUUCAAAAAGAUGAAAGUCAAGUUAUCUGAGGAGAUACCGGCGGAGAUGAAGUCCCAGAUGAAGGAAGUGCACAAGUCAUUAAAUCCUUUGAAGAAAAGAACCCAAAAGAGGAUAUUCAAAAAGGUUCAAAUUCUCUAGAACUUUCCUCAUUAGAAUUUGAUCAGAAUUAUGAGAAAAUAGUGCAGAUUUAUACAAAAGUGAAGUCUUGCUCAGACUUCGAGAAACUGACUGUGAAAGAUACUUUAAGAUUAACUCCUUUAGAAUAUUCAGAUAAGGUUCUGGCUUUUUCUGGAUCGAAGAUCAAAAUUGCCGCAAAGAAUGAAUAUGAUGAGAUAGACCCCAGAGCUUUUAUUCAGUUUGAGUACUACAAAGAAACACCAAAGCUAGUCUUAAGCAAGGAAGAUUUUAUUUGUCUGUUUAAAAUUUCUGACUGGAGAAAUACUUAUAGUAAGCUCAAGAGCUCCGAUGAGAGAGCAUAUAUGCAUACAUUUUUGGAUAAAUGCCUAAAUUCAAAAAUAAUAGAAAUUAACAGCCAAGCUUUCGUAGUUCUGGAUAUUGAUCUACAUGUUUCUAGAAUCAUUACUGAUAGUUUAUUAUCUUCUGCUGCUGAUAGCUAUAACAGACUGGCACGAGACUUCUUAAAUAUGAGAGAAAAUGCCAUUAUUAAUGGAGUAUCUUCAGUUCUAGAGAACCCUGGAAAUGAUUUUCAAGUAAAGAAUGAUUUCUUUUAUGAGCAAUAUCCCUCCAAUCUUCAAGUCUUAAAGCUCAUUUCCAUCAUUCUUGAUCUUCAAGAGCAAAUUUGGCUAUGGACAAGAACUGAGAGUGAGCAUGUAAAUUCUGAAGCAAUAGAGAGAGCUUCAUCAAGAGCUCACACUGCCUAUGGAAGACUAGCUAGUUUUAUCUCUUGGACCAGUAACCCAGAGCAUAUUCUAAAUCUCUGUGAAGAAGGAUAUAUGAAUACAAGUGACUCUCAUGUAACUCUCAAGAACUAUCUAAAGGAUGAUUGUCUUGCAGAAGAUGAUUUGGUUAAACCAGACACUUUGUGUGACACUUUGGAUCUGAAGUAUCAUAACAUUAAUGUACCCUUGUACAAAACACUAAAUUAUUUCCCUCUCCUAAAGCAUACUAGGGAAACCGAUAGCAUGGACUAUCCUAACUUCGAGCAGUCAUGUAUCUCAGGGGUAUGUACACCAUCAUUUAGUGAGUUCUUGGCUACAUUUAACAUCAAUGAUGGCAGUGUAUGCCUUUGGAAUUCAGAGCUACACUUGUUCUGAGUAGGAAGAGUGAAUUUUAAGAUGCUUCCAAGGUCUAAGAUUCUUCAGAAACUAAAGCUUCAAGAUAAGGCAAAGACUUUACAGAAGGAAAUUCAAGAUUUGGAUGAUCAAAUUUUGAAAUUAUCACCUAGCCCACCUGAUGAGAAAACACCUGAAAAAGUGUAUGAAGAUAUAAUUAGAGAGCAUGAUGAGGAAGAGAAGGAAAAGACAAGGAUUCCAUUUGCAAGCUUUGAUGAAGAUAGUGACAUUGAAAUUGAGAAAUAUAAUCCUCCUGAAGAAGAGAAAGAAGUGCCACUAGCUUUUGAUCCAAGCAAAGAAUCAGGUAUUUUUCAUGAGACUAAAAAUCCAUUUUUGAAGAAAGAAACUGAUUCAAAGAAGGCAAAGAGCAAAUCUAAGUCUAAGGAUAAAUCUCAAGGAAGUGUUUCAAAGAAAGGCUUUGCUAAAAAGAAGAAAGAAUUUAUGCCUAAAAAGGCUUUUCUAGAUGAUUUGCUGAAUAUGGGAUUCUCAAAAGAAGACUCUAUAGCUGCAUUGAAGGCUGUAAACAACGAAAGUGUAGAGCUAGCUGUUGACAAAGUUAUUACUAUACAAAGUAAUCAAAUGCAGAAUCAGGAGUCUAGUCUCCAAACUAUGUUGAAGAAGAUUACCAAUACUAUCACCAAUAAAGCCUCACCAAAAGAUGAGGAAGAAGAGCACCCAACAGAAAUUAAAGAAUCUGAUAAUGAUCUUGCUGAGAAAAUCCAAGAAAAGAAAGUUUUUAUGGAUAAAAAGGUAAAUGAGAAGAACGAAAUAUCAUCUAAAAUACAAGAAAUUGAUCAAGAAGAAGAAAAGGUCAAGGAGAAUGCACUAAUUGGAGUAUGAAUGUCUACAUCCCUGGAAGGGACUCAAUCUCCAAUUAUUGUAUCUGGAGUCACUCAUAAUGAAGACAAGUUUACAUUGGAGGUCAAAACAGUAUCUUACUACGAUCAAUAUCUAAAGAAACUUAUCAAGCAGAAAAGUGCAAGUGAGAUUUCUUUGAUAGACUCCUAUGAGGUUGCAAGAGAAAGCCCAAUUUCUGAAGACCCAAGCGAUGAAGUAUUAGACCAUAUUUUGAACCAAUGCAGAUUUUCUGUGAAUACUCUUCUCCCUCUGUUCGUGGGAUAUCAGACAAAGAGGAACUGGAAACUAGAGAAGAAUCAAUAUCCAUCAUUUAUUUUUACUGAGACGAGCAAUAGGAAAAUUGAUCUGGACAUGUUCAAAGAAGUUUAUGGAAUUGUGAAUAUCAGAGAUUACUACACAAAUGAGUCUUCUAGUCUUCUAGGAAUAUAUGGGAUGGCAGAGACACCGAUCUUAGUUCCAGUAGAGAUUUCUCACAAUAAUGUUAAGGUACAUGAAGUGAUUAACCUUAAAAUCUCGGAGAGCCACUUCUCUAUUAGAUCAGAAUUAGGGAAUAACUUAUUUGUGAAAUCAGAAACCCAAUUUUUAGUCUAUAAAUAUGCCAAGGAAAACACCUUAGAGCUCAUUAAAGAAGUUGAAACGACUGGAGACUAUGAAGUUUCAAUGACUAAAUAUGAAGGAAUUCAGAAGAAUGAAAAUACUAAGAAUUUUAGGAACUUAUGAAAGAGUCUUCAUUUCUUGAAUAGGCAGCAAAAAUUAAAUGAGAUAUCUAAAUACCUGAAAACACUUCAAUUGAAGAUCAACUUGAAAGGAGAGCAUGUAAAUGAAGAUAUCAGCAUUGUCUGAGAGAAACAAAAAGAAGAAGUAAAGGAAAAAGAAAGAAAUAAUCAUGAAUUGGAUGAAAAUACUCUAAAUGACAAGCUAUCCAAGCCUCUUAUCAGCAUUAGUGACCUCAAAAACUGAGAAGAUUUUGACAUGUAUGAAAGUCUAAUUCAAGGUCAGACUUUGCAUAAGCCUCCAUGUUUGAUAAAUCCUCAUGGAGAAGAAAAUGAAUCUGAAUCUGAAUAUACAUGAGAGAUUAAAUUUGAAAGGCCUCUAUCUCUGUUCUCUUUAAAAUUAGAUCUUACUUUUGAUGCAAACCCUCAUGAAUUGAGAAAGCUGCUCCCAAAGAAGCAAAAGAUGGAAAUAAAGAAAGAUGAAAAGGCUGUAGAUCAAGAAGAAGUUAAAAGUGAUAAAUAUAUUCCUCCUGGUGAAACUUCAAAGAAAGAUGUAAUUGAUUUUGGAGACGAAAAUUGUAUCCCUCUUGUAGUUCACUCAUAUGUGGGUUGUGCCUUUAAUGCAAACAGCCAGGUCUCAAAGCUAGUAUCAGAUGAUAAAAGAGUAUUUGCCGCUAACUAUGCUGGCUCUCAUUUUAUUUUUUGUCACCAAUUUGGAAAGAGAUUCAUUAUUGAUCAGUUCACUGUAAUGUCAGAGAACUCUUCACAGAUUGGAGCAUAUCCAGUAGGAGCUGGAAUAUUAUUCAUCAGUGAUACCCUUGCUGGGUUAGAGAAUACAGAUCCAUUCCAUUCAUUUACUUUGAAAGAUUAUGUUGAAUGGAAGGACAAGAGAAUGUAUGACCCAAGACCUUUGCAGCCUUAUGAGCCAGUAGGAUACUUUGAUUUUGGCAAGACAACUAAAAUUGUUGAUAAGAAAGCUUCAAAAGUCCCAUGAAAAUACAUAAAGCUUGUACCUACAGAGUUUAAAAAAGUGAAAAAUGAUACUUUCCCCCAGAAGAAGUUCCCCACUUAUCCUAUUGAGUUCAAGUUCUUUGGGGUUAUUGGAGAAGAAUUAGAGAGUAAAGUUGAGCCUGGAUCAAGCUCUGAUCUUUUAACACCAAACUCAACAGUAGAAAGUGUUUGUAAUACCAAAUCUGAAUACAGAAUUGAAAUUCAUAAUGAAAAGACCGGAGAAUGGGAAACUAUACACGAAGAAAAGACAGGAAUCAAUAUUCACGAAGUCAUGGCAAUGGGGAUGUCUAUUAACAUUCCUUCUUCAAAUUUGGACAAGAUAUUGACUUGGAUAUCAAGUAGCUCUAUCACAGGAAUUUACAGAUCCAGCAUUACCAAUAGCAAAAUUCAGAUGAGUAUGAUUGACAAACUUCGAGUUGUAGUGAAGAGCCCUGAUAUUUGGAAGUUGAGAUCAUUGCAACUCUCUCCUAAAGCUCUAGCAAAUAAUGAAGACCACCGCAAGGGCAUAUUCAGUAAUAUACCAGUCAAGUUCUUGCGAUCAUGAAUCCUAGAUCUCAAAUACUUCAACUGAAUCAAUAAAGAGAUUGUUUUGUGUCUUACCAAUGAUUCAAUUGACUUUAGUAUAAAGCAAAGGGCGAUGAGAACACUCGACCUGAUUAUCUCCUUAAACCCGAAGAUGAUUCCUCUAAUUUUUGAAAGCUUGGAACUUGAGAAAUUUAUCAACCUUCUUUACAAGCAAGACUCUAGAGGCUGCAGAUAUAUUCUUGGCUUAUUUAGAAAAUUCUAUGAAUACGAAGACCUUAGCGAAAAGAUUUCUGAAUUUGUGAUCAAGAAUAUCUCUCAAAUGAAUAAAAUCCUGAUGACAUAUCCAAGUCUAGAAGCAUUUAUGAGUUUGAUUGGAUACCAGAUGAUGAAUUGCAAGGAUAAAAUUUUCAAAGUUACUUUUGAAAGUCUCUACUACAAUGUUUGACAAGUAGCAAUUUCUAAGCUGCAGACUUCUGAAUAUACAAUCUUGAGAAAAUUGACAAAUUAUAAGAAUUAUCCCUUUGAUGCCUGAAAUUUCAGCAAUCAUAGUGAAAGUGUUCAAACAAAGACCAAAGUAGACAAGGAUACUGAGAAUUUUGAGAAGCAAGGGAAUCCCCUUCCUUAUGAAGCAAAAUAUUUCUCAGGAGCCAAAUUUAAGGAAUAUAUUAUUGAAUUCCCAGUUAAGGCUCUUAUUAAUGAUAUUAGAAUUCUCUUUGGAGUUACUUCAAACAAGGCUUUCAGAAUGGACCUCAAGAUUUAUGGGCUAAAUGAAGAAAAAGAGAAUCUGCUUUUCUCCAAUUCUUAUGAUGAGUCUGUGUAUUGAUAUCUGACUAAUAAUUGCCAUAUAAAUGAAUAUAAUCUCUAUGAUAGGAAUGAAGAAAGAGAGGCUUUGUCCAUUAACAACCUUGGCUAUAUUGGAAGAAAAUUGAAAAUUCAUAUUAGCUUCUUUGACUCCUUCCAAACAAACUCAAAUCAGCAAUCAGUCGUUGAACACGUCUUGCCAGAAAUUUAUGGAGAGUUUAGGAAGACUGAAGAAGAUCCAGCUGGAAGCUCAGAUCUCCCCCAAAUUUUAUCACAAGAAAACUUAAAAAUUGGGCACUCUACUUCAUUCACUCUUUGCACAUUGGAGAACAAAUCUGAGAAAAUCUUAAAAUGAAACCCUGCAGACAACAUGAGUGCUAUGAAUACAGAACCAACUAAGAUGCAGCAGAAUCUUGACUAUGAGGAAAUGCUCAAAGAGCUCUCAGGUUGCCAACUUGAACUGCGAGAUCUUCUGUGGAAGGCAAACAAUAGUACUAAGAAAGAACAGACAAAGAUUUUGGCUACUGUUGACAAAGUUAUUGAAAAGAUUGAAGGAAUAAAGAACAAAAUUCCAGUUGAGAAUAUAGAGAGUGGAGAAAUCAUUCAUUCUUUAGAAUUUCAAAAAUGCCUUUCUACUAAGUUCAGUCAGCUUUUGAUUUCGAUUUACAAGUCAGAUCCUAAAGCUAUAAGUUUAAAAGAAUAUCCUCUUGAAGAUAUUAUCUAUGAGUUAUUUGUAAAUUACGUACUCAAGGACUCCCAGACAUCAAAUGUUAGCUCCAGUGUUCAUAAUAUAAACACUAAUGAGGUUUGGAUGCUGAUAAACACAGUGUUAUUGCCUAGUAUUGAAGAUCAAAGUGUUUUGGACAGACUGGUCAUAAAAGUUCUAAACAACUUCAUCCUAAACUCAGACUCAAUCUACUCGAAAUCAAGAGUUAUAGAAAGCCUUGAGAAUUUACCUUAUUCUUACGACAAGGUUAUUUCUUAUGCUAUUGAGAAACUUUAUCCUGACCAGGAAGAUAUAAAGCUUACAAAUGAUGUCCAGAAGGUGCUAAACACAUUAGUGAAGGAUGGCUCUUCGGUUCAGAAAGAAUCAGUUAGCACAAAGAGAUUGCUUAUGACAGUUCUAGUAUUGAAUAAUCUGAAGUCUCAUCACAAUCAAAAUGUGAGCCAGAGUUUGAGCAAGAUUAACUUGAUUGCUAGUUGGCUAAUUGACAAUGUUUCUUUAACAGGCCAUGGGAAGCAAAGCUCAAAGAUGAUGGAUUUCUCCAUUAUGAAGUUGAUAGUAAAUUACCAGCACCAAUUGUUAACAAUGACUGACAUUGAAGAUCACCUGGAAUUAUCAAAGAAGGAAUCCUUUAUUACUGCACAUACUCUUACUGUGUUCUUGAUUGACAACAAGGAUUUGAAUAAGAAGUUGUCUGAAAUCUUUACAUUGCUAGUGAGCAUUGAACAUUUCAAUAUUUCAAAUGAGGAAUUAAAGAAAAUGAAGCCAGAGGAAAUCGAACAUUUGAGGAACCAUGGAGCCCAAAAAUUGCUAAUGCUUGAAAACCUUUUUAAAUUUUGGAAGAAGAUUAUACAAAUGCUAUUGAAUGAUGAGAUCAUAAAAGAACAUUAUAGGAAAGAGGAAUCAUGGAUUCAGAACUUAUUAUUCUCUAUAGAAUUCUAUCUUAACAGUUAUGAUAAUCUGAGGAAGUUAAGAACUUAUUUGGAUAAAAAGAAAGAUAUUCUCUCUAUUGAUGAAGAGUUGUUGGCAAUCAGUACUAUUUCUCCAGAUUUCAGUAUUGUGACUGGACUUGUAUCUCUUCUACAAAGUUACUUCAUACCUGAACAGGAUAUUGGCCAUGAUCUUCAGGGAUGUUAUUCGAAUAUUCAUCUAACUACUCUAUGGUCUCUUGUUUUCGAAAUACUUUCAUGAGUAGAUACAGACAAGACAGAGAAAGACAAUAUUCUUAAGAAGCUAGUUUCAACACUGCUUAAUUCUUCUAUAGAACUUCAAGAAAUCUCAUAUUUGGCAGACUCUAAAUUUAAGAUUGAUACUGACCACGAAUUCCUCUGAACUCUCCUGUUUGAAUUCUUAAACCAAAGUAUUGGAAAGAACCAUGAAGCUGUUGUAUAUACUCUCUGUGAUAAAUGGCUACACGUGCUGCUAAAUGAGUCUGAUAUUGACAAAAAGAUUCAGAACAAUACAGAUAUAAAGAUUACUAUGAGAAUUAGUGAUAUCCACCUGAUCACUUCUAUGUUCUAUAACUCAAGUUCAUACUUGGUAAAGCACCUGAAUUAUAGCUACUUUGGAGGAGUAAUUGGAUCUUGUGAGAUUACUUUUAAGAAAGCAAAGAUCAUUCCCCAACUCUUGUUGAUUAAUAAAUCUAUCAAUGACCAAGGAGAACUUAUUCUCGAAAAGGCUUUUCUUGAAUCAAAGACUAACCCAGAGAUAAGACAAACUCUGAUCAAAGGAUUUAGGAAUAUUGUCACUUGGCUUUUUAUGAAUUCUGGAGAGCAUAGUGGGCCUAUUAAGAAAUAUGUUAAAUCGAUAGAGUCUCAACUUAAAUAUGUCAUUCAGAUUGCGAGUGACACUAAGGACUGUGAACUCAUCAAGAAUGUUUUAGAUAUCUAUAAGAUGCUUAUGAAGAGUAUUGAGAAACUAAUCGAUCAAGGGAAAAUUCCCUUAGCACUUGCUUUUUCUAAGGCGAAAUCUAUUCAUUCCAUUUUAGCUUCAAUUUGUGAAUAUCUGUUAGUCUCAGAGGAGAUAGUAAAUGACUUUGUAUUUAAUCAGAAUGGGCUUGACUAUUUCCUAAAUCAACUCUUGUCUAACACUAAGAGUACUGAAAUUCAAACACAUCACAAGAAGGAUGAUGAAGAAGAGAAGAUUAUUACAUCAAAGCACGAGGUUGAGGAGACUAUUCCUCUUACAGAAGAUCUGCCUGAUGAAGAACAGGAUCUUGAAGAAGAUCUUCUAAACGAUGAGCUUUUCGAAUACGUCUCCAACAAGUUCAGAGAGGAACAAGAAAUCAAUAAUGACAAGAAGGAGAACAAGAAAGAAGACCAUAUAUCAAUUAAAGGUCAAAAUUUCAGAAAAGUAACAAGUGGAGACUUUGUUCCAAAUGAAUUUGCAAGGACUAUGACUCUGAUUGACUCCCAAUUUGGGAAGGGAAAAGACUUCACAAAUAAUCUUGAUUGGUCUGUCAACAAGAAAGGAUACAGACAAAGAAUUGUUUUCAAGAAGUUUGAGUCAGAGAAAGAAAAUGAGAUUUGGAUGGUAUUCAAACUGAACAGAGUCAUUGAAAUCAAGGAAAUCCAAGUUGGAUUCACCAACUUCUGGACAGUUGAUUCAGAGGUGUAUAUUGAGCCAAGCAGUGUCAUUGUUGAAACUGGAUUAACAGAAAAUGAGACGAAUGCUGUCUGAAGUUUGAAGAAACUUGACGAUAAAGGAUUUGCUAACUUCGGAACUACUGUAUAUGGAUUAAAUCUAUAUGCAUUUAAUCAGCAGAGUCAAAAUGAGGAUCUCUCAGAAUUAAUGAAAUCCAACUUCAACUCCCUUCAAUCUCUAAAAGCAAGAUAUAUAAAAUUUAGAAUGAGAAGUAACUCUAUCACUUGCUUGGAGAACUCUCCUUUGAUUUCAAAAUAUAUCAAGCCGAAAUCUUUAGGAAUCAACUUCUGCUCUAUUAUGGGAUACGACUUGAAUAAUGUGGGAAAUAUUAAGACUACGAUUGACAGUUUGAAGAGAUCGACUUCUUCCAAAGUCUUAUCAGCUCUAUUUAAGAGAGAAUUCAAGAAUAUCUUAGAAAUGAUUGCAAAAGAUCCAAAUUAUGUCGAAUACUUAAAGAGUAACCUUAAUAAUAUUCUUGAGGUCAUUGAUGAUAAAGCAGUCUCACAUGUAAUUGCUCAGAUCCUCAGGAUGUUUACGGAGUAUAACAAAGAGCUUGGAGAUUGGAUAAUCAAGAAAUUGUUAGAUAUCCAUUGAAAUAAUAGCCAAGUUUCUCUACUGUAUGAUUUGAUUAAGUGAAAUCCGAAAGAAUUUAUUCCAAGACUUAAGAUUGUCCAGAGCUUCAUUUUUGAGCAUUGUGAAUUAGCACAGAAAAAUCCUGAAAAAUUGCCAAAAGACUUCCUCCAAUUGGAAUCUUUUAUGAGGAUUUUUAUGGAUCUGGUAAAUAUAUUUUGCAAGAAUCUGCAAAUUGAAGACUGGUGAAGCCAAGUGCUAACAACUGAAGAGCUUGAGGAGAAGAAGCAGCUUGAUUUCCAGAUCUUUAAAAACAAAAAGCAUUCAGAGUGCUUAGUGAUCUCAGAGAACAACUUCAAAUGCUUGUUGACUCUUCUUUUAGAGUCAUCUGAAAUUCAAGAUGAAAAGACUAAAAAUCAAUGAAAUAAGUUCCUUCUAAAGUUUAUACUUCCAUUUGUUGUAUAUGGAGAGAUUAGAUCUGAAAAGAGCUGAUUCACUCAAGAGGAUAUUAUCAAGAACUAUCUGUUGGAUGAUGGUCAUUUCGAGGUGAAGAGUAGUGUGGUUUCAGCUAUCAUUGCCAACUAUACUGAGUGUAGUGAUGAUCUACUAAGCUUCAUCUCUGAGAAGGUAAAGAUUGAGCAAAUUGUCACGAUUAUCAAAGAAUCUGAGACUGAGAAAGAGAUUGAUGAAGGAAGACUAGUUACUAUCUUAGAUUUCUGGACCAACUGAUUACAUAAUGAACAUUUCAGAUCAAAAGUUGCAAGUAGAGAUGUUGGCAUUCAACUAUAUGAGGUUGUUACUCAAGCAAAUUCUACACAUCCGCAUAAACUGAGUUUAAACGUCAAGAGAUUAGUGAUUAAGCUGAUUAUAAAGCUCACUUUAGGAUUUGAAGAUAAUGAAAAUGCUCUAGCUAAGAGAAUCAUCAAAGACUUAGAACCAUUAAAAGAUAAGAAGGACAUUGAUUUUGUGAAUAACAUUCUUACUCCACUCUUAAAAGCUGAGCAAAAAGUUUCUAUCUCAUUUGAUUUCUAUGAUAAAAAGAUGCAGACCUUCCAUACUUUCACUAAUGCUAUUGAAGAGUGUAGGGAUUCUCCAAAAGUUGAUAACUUCCUGUCCUAUCCUCUUUACUCAAACAUCAUCCCUCAUCUAGAGAGAGUAGUAGGAAGAGAUUAUAACUCUCAGAAAUUGAUCAUCUCAGAUUGGAAGCCUAUCUUCCUCUCUAAAAAGGAAGGGACUGCUUCUUUCAAGGACAUGCUUAUGACUAUCGAAAACAAGACAUCUCUCUUCUUCAUUUUUGAAGGAACUUCUAAGAAGAUCGGAGAUAGCUGAUACUUUGGAAUCUAUAAUAGAAAUGCAGUGUACCAUAAAGAUGAACAGUACUUAACCAAUGCAAGUGAUGACCACUUCUGCUUCGCAAUUCUUGGGAAGAAUGAGUACUAUUGCUUCCAGAUGAAAGAAGACAAACCAGUUAUUGAUUUCAAGAAUGUUAAAGCAGGUGAAGUAAACUUUGCUCAAGGAUUCGUCAAUUUAAAGCACAAAGUGUCACUUUCGAGGAUCGGAAUGAUUACUAAAGAUUCACAUUCGGAAAUACAAAUUUCUAAGGGAUACGCUCCAUUGCAGGACUUCAAGAUUGAGAAGUUUACUAUUUAUGAACUUGGAGGAAUGAAAGAAAACAAUUCUAAUCCUGCCAGCCAAAAUCCUCAAGCAAAUCCUAUCCAACCUUUGUAUAAUAACCUGAUGGAGAAGUAUUAUCAGACCGAAUCGUUAAAUUACUUUAAAGAAAAUUGCUUCUUCGUUGCCGAAAAUCAGACACUUGAGGAACUUUCAUAUGAUCUUUUUGGAUUUAACAGCAGAAUCGCCACUAGAUAUAAUGGAGGAAAACUUGAUGAGAUUUAUAAACGCCAAAAAGAGAUGGGGGCAAAGGAUAAUAUUCUUGAUCUAACCCUCUCAUUCGAUGAGUUCGUAGACAAAGCAACCACAAAGCUGACUCAGAACAAGAGUAUAAAAGCUAACUCAUCCAAGAAGUAUAUCCCUCACAUGGGAAUCUUCAAUAUGUUUGAGAAGGAAAAUGGAGUCACUGAAUUGAUCACUAUCACUCAGAAAUCAGUAAAGGAUACAUGGAAGAACAAGGAGCUCUCAAUGAAAUGGGGACUUUGGCUUUUGGAGUUGCAAAGCUUCACUAAGUUACCCCUCUUCUUCCAAUUUUUCAUGAAAGAUAAGCACUUUAAAGACCUUCUGUUCGAAAUCUUAGCUGGAGUUCCAGACCAAGAGACAGGAAAUUCUCAGCACUGGAGUGAAAAGCAGGUUGAAGCAGUGAAGCAAACCUACAAGAUCAUUAAGGAAAUGUUCCAGGCAUCGAAAGAUAAAACUAUCAGAGAUAAAGCUGCUGAAAAUGGUCUCAUAGAGAAGAUCUUAAUCCGAUUAAGAGAAGUCACUGGAGAAAUUAGCAGGACUUACGAAGAAGAUAAGACUGAGGAAGGAGAAGAUGAUCGCUCAGAAACUACUGUUACUACUGUAGAGAAUGAAGACAAUGAUGGCAAAGAGAUGAAAGACAAGAAUUAUGAAGAGAAGAAGAAAAUCAAGAAUUAUGAAAAGAAGAAGAGGAAAGGAGUUGGAUACACUACUGGAGUCGGAAAAACAUGGAAUGUUUCGCAGUAUAUCAAAAACAAGAAGGUGAAGAAUGAACAGAUUUCAUAUCUCAUUGAGAUUCUUGCUAACUUCUUCAGGACUAAGGAUUGGGAACCUGAUAAAGAUAUUGUUGAAGAUAUCCUUGUUUCAUGAUUAUUGCCUCUUAUUGAAAACGCUUUUAGAACAGGUUCCUUAUUGGAUAUGGUGAAGUACAAUAAACUCUAUAUUUCCUAUCUGAGAUUAGUAAGAGUAUUUGCAAAGAGUAAAGCUCUCUGCAAUUUAUUAAUUGAUAUUGGAUCUCAGUAUAAACCGAAACAGAUAGAACCAAUUCAUAAGCUCCUAGGAAAACUUAACGAUCUCGCUAAUAUCUAUAACAACUGCUUACACUCAAAGCCAACCACAGAAACAGAGAAGGACUCUGAAAUCUUAAUCAAGGAGAUCAAGAAGACUCAUAAAGUAGUUUUGAAGGUAGUUGACAGACUUGCCUAUGAUAAUGAUGAAGACUUCUAUGAAAAUGCUCUUCAUUUACCUUUAAAGGAAAGCUAUCCCAUGCUGUUAAAGAAUUUAAGAUUUGAUCAUAUGGAUAUGAAAGAUAAGAAAGGAAGCUAUUCUCAUCAUUAUAUCAAGAAUUACUCUAAGAAUGUUAGCUCAUCAAAAAUAAAUAGACUUGCUCAAGAAUUGGCUGAUCUCUCAACAGCUUUGCCAAUAGAUCAUACUAAUGCCAUCUUUGUAAGAGUGGAUAAAAACAGAGUCGAUCUGAUGAAAGCUUUGGUAAUGGGUGCAGAAGGAACUCCAUAUGCUCAUGGAGCAUUUGAAUUUGAUAUUUACUGCAAUCAGAACUAUCCAAAAGAUCCUCCAAAGAUGAACUUGACAACUACUGGAUCUUCUGCGGUCAGAUUUAAUCCAAAUCUCUAUGCUUGUGGAAAGGUAUGCCUCUCCUUAUUAGGAACUUGGAGAGGAAAUGCUACAGAAAACUGGGACCCGAAGAUCAGUACAAUCCUGCAAGUUUUAAUGUCAACACAAGCUAUCAUCAUGAGUGAAGAAAUUUACUUUAAUGAACCAGGAUUUGAAGGAGAAGCUGGAACACCAGAUGGAGAGAGGAAGAAUGAAGGAUAUUCCAAUAUCAUUAAAUACUGAAACAUCAAAUAUGCCAUGCUUGAACAGAUCAAAAAUCCUCCAAAAGGAUUCAAGACCAUCAUUAGAAGACACUUCUAUCUCAAAAAGGAUGAAAUUUUGAGAGACUGUAGAAAAUGGAUCGAAGAAGCCAAGGAACAUGAAGCUCUUUACACUGGUUUGGUCAGUGACCAUAACUACAACUGGUGCAACAAGUUCAAACACAAGGGGACUUACAAAAAGAUGCUUACUGAGAUUGUUGAAGAGCUCGAAGAGGAGCUGAAGAAACUCCCUGAACCUUCCGGCAAAGAUCUCAUCCCUCAGACUAAGAAGGCAAAUAAGAAAACCCAAAAAGUGAAAAAGGAGAUCGAUGAAGGAGCUGCCAGACUAGACAACAUUGAUAUUGACUCUGAAGAAGAAACAAUUGUCACCACUAGUGAAAUCAAUGUUGAUAAAGAUGAUGUCAAAGACAGAUGGUCAAGAUAUAUCGGAGCUAUGGGAAUAGAAGCAGUGGCAAAACAGGCUACUUCAAGAGUCUUCCUUAGCGGAGCUUCUCCAGCAGGUAUUGAAGUCUCUAAGAAUGUUGUCUUAGCUGGAUGAAAGAGCUUCACUCUACAUGAUACAAGACAAGCUACUCACAUUGAUCUUAGUGGGCAGUUCUUUAUUCAUGAAAAAGAUAUUGGCAAAAACAGAGCAACUGUUUCAAUUAAGCGUUUGCAGCAGCUAAAUGAUUAUGUGAAGUGUAAUGCUGAGACCUUUGAACUACCUCAGACAGAAGAAGAUAUGCUGGAGCUUGGAUUUGAUAAAUACAAUAUCGUCUGUCUCAGCCAGUGCAGUUAUAAGACAGCUGUUGCCAUUAAUGAGUUCUGUAGAAAGAGAGGCAUCAAGUUCAUCUACUUCGAUGUCUUUGGGCCAUUUGCUAGGAUAUUUAAUGAUUUUGGAGAUGAAUUCAUUGUUUUAGAUAAAGAUGGAGAAGACCUUAAGGAGAGAUGGAUCAAGUCUAUCUCAAAUGAAGAGAAAGGUGUAGUUGAAGUGCUAGACACUGAGAGACAUGACUUAGUUGAUGGAGACAAGGUUGCGAUUACUGAAGUCAUUGGCAUGAAUCUAAAGGAAGGAGAAGAUUCUGGAUUUAAGAGUUCUAAUAUUAACGAGACUAUCCAUAAAAUUGAAGUCAUUUCUCCUUUCGCUUUUAAGAUUGGAGACACUACUAUCUUUGAGGAAUAUAAAAGAAAUGGAAAGAUUACUCAAGUCAAAGUUCCUGUUACCUUCAAAUUCAAAAAUCUGAAAGAUAGCUUAGAAAGCCCAGAAAUUCCUCUGGAUGACAACAUGUCUAUAGCAGAUUUUGAGAAAAUGGGACACAUCUCAGUAUCACAUGCUUGCUUUGAAGCUCUUGAUUUAUUCAUUGAGAAAAAUAACAGAAUUCCAAACCCAUGGGAUAUGAAGGAUCAUGAAGAGUUCUUUGAGCUCAUAGAGCCGAUUGCAAAGAGGCUUGAAAAUGAAAUCGAUGAGACUUGGAAGAAAAUAAUAUCUUUGUUCUGCUUCACAUGUCAGGGUAGUUUCAACCCAUUAUGAGCAUUUAUUGGAGGAUUCUUGGCUCAGGAAUUGAUAAAGGCAAUGACGCAGAAAUAUUCUCCAAUUAAGCAGUUCUUCUACUUUAAUAGUACUGAAAUUUGCCCAGAUAUCACAAUUGAGAAGGACUUUGAAGAAAACGUCAAGAAAUUAGAAGUUGUUCCUUUGAAAGAUAGAUAUGAUGGUCUAAGAAUUGUUGUUGGAGGAACCUUGCUGAAAAAGAUUCAAUAUUCAAACGUCUUUAUGGUUGGAGCUGGAGCUAUCGGAUGAGAGCUUCUGAAAAAUUACGCAAUGCUUGGAAUUGGAACUGGAAAGAAAGAUUCUGAUAGCAAAUCUGGAAGAAUUGUGCUAACAGACCCUGAUCACAUUGAAAAUUCAAAUUUGAAUCGUCAAUUCUUAUUUAGAAAGAAACAUAUUCAGAAAUCUAAAUCAUCUACUGCUGCAGCUGCUGCUAUUAACAUGAACCCUGAAUUGAAAGGAAAUAUUUUGGCUAGGUUAGAUAAGGUUCAUGAAGCCUCUGAACAUAUUUUCACAGACUCAUUCUUUGAAAACCUUACUGCAGUUACUAAUGCUCUCGAUAAUGUUGCUGCAAGAAGAUAUAUUGAUGGAAGAUGAGUGAUGGCUAGGACCCCACUGAUAGAAGGAGGAACAUUAGGCCCUAAAGGAAAUACUCAAGUAAUCAUUCCUUUUAAGACUGAAAGCUAUUCAUCUCAAAAUGAUCCAGAAGAUAAUAACCAAAUCCCUCAUUGUACUCUAAAGAUGUUCCCUGAAGAGUCAAUUCAUUGUAUUGAAUGGGGAAAAGAUAUUUUCACGAACCUCUUCACUCAAAUUCCACAAGAGGUGAACAAAAUCACAGAGGAUAAAUCCUUCUACCCUCAGACAUCUCAGGAAAUCUCAAGUCUAAAACAAGUACUUGCUAGUCUGAAGGAUGCUCCUAAGACUUUCGACGACUGUAUCAAGAUCGCCCGGGAGAAAUUUAAUGAAUACUUCUCAUACAACAUCAAACAACUCCUCUACGUCUAUCCUCUCGACACCAAGACCAAAGACGGGAAGCCAUUCUGGACGUUGCCUAAGAGGCCUCCUCAUGACAUAACUUUCGACCCAGAAAAAGAGAUGCACUACAACUUCAUCGCUGCUUGAGCCUGUCUGUAUGCAGUGGCCCACAAGAUAAAGAUUCCUUAUAAAGAAACAAGGGUUGCAGACACCAAGAAAGAUAUUGCACUGAAGGCACUCAAGUACCAGAUUAAAGAGUUCAAGCCAGACGAGUCCGAAGCAAAAGAGAUCAAAUCUCUAGUGGAAAAGGAAGAGAAUAAGGAAGACCAAGAAGAAGAAAAAGUUGAAGAGCAAGAUGAAACUAAUGUUGAAGAGCUCGUGAAGGAGCUUAAAGGCCACCUUGAUGUUAUACUCCCAGGACUUAAGGAAGGAGAAAGUCAUAUGCAGGUAGAAGAAUUUGAGAAAGACAUGGACUCUAACUAUCAUGUUGACUUUAUAUUCUCAAUUUCUAACCUGAGAUGCCAUAAUUAUGAGCUAAAGGAAAGUACUUGGUUAGACGUGAAACUUAAAGCUGGUAGAAUUAUCCCAGCCCUCGCAACUACAACAGCUGCUGUAGCAGGAAUGCAAACUCUUGAGUUGUUGAAAUUAAUGAAAUGUGAGAAACUGGAGGAAUUUAGAAACUACUAUAUGAAUCUUGCACUUCCUUUUGCUCAGGGUAGUGAAUGAGGACCAGCCAAAAAGACCAAACUGACUGAGGAAUUAGAGGUUGAUUUGUGGACAAGAUGGGACAUUAAAGACAAAAAUAUUACCUUGAAAGGUCUCUUUGAUUACAUUCUUGAGAAGUAUAAACUCUAUGUAAGAGAUGUGAUGUUCGGUAAUCAGACCCUGUAUCUCCAAUCUAUCAUGGACAUUGCUGGUAAAGAGAAACAGAAAGAGGAGACACUAAAUAGCACUCUCCUUGAUUUAACAGAAUCUGAAGAAGGAGAACAUGUUGAUCUCAGAAUUACUUGUACUCUUGAAGAAGAUGGAGAUAAAAUACUCGAAGGAGUACCUCCUGUUAGAAUCUUCUUUGAUUAAUGGCAAAAAUCUAUUCUAAACUUUAAAUAAAAUAAACAACC